UUAAUUUACUGCAUCACUAACGCAUGAGUGAAUCGGAAUCAAUUAUUAAUGGCGAAGUGGAGGAAUACAUUGCAAUUGAUGAUUCGAACUACGUAGUUUUGACCGACAAUGAGAAUCUAGGCCGUGAUGAUCGACGAGGUAAUUGCAUUUUGUUAGCUAAUGAAGGUGGAACGGCAAUAAAUUUGGAGGAGGGAUCGACGAACAAUACUGAAAAUGUGAUCCUAACAAACGACGGCCAAAUGGACUUGGUAGAGGGAGUGCAUGAAAUCUUCGAAGAUGAAUCUGCCGAUCAAUUAGUUUUUCAACACGAGGAGGUGGUAGUGGAUGAACCAGAACAGAAAACACCUGCUCAACUUAGAGCUGAUUUGGAGGAAAAACGUAAACGGCUAAAUCUCCCCAAAGUACCUAAAAAAUUUCUUUUAUUUGAUGGUAUAUGUGCAGAAAUUGUGGACUAUGAUGAGGAAGAUGGCGCUCCUUAUGUAGAAUUCUCUAUGGUGAAUGAUGAUAAGGAAUUAGAACGUUUACCGGUCGAGUGUGGCGUGUGUCCAGAUAUAAUGCAUCGUACAAAGUUAGAUGUCCACUUAAAGACUCACAUUAAACCUGGUACCAAGAGGUACAUGUGCAUUUACUGUGAAGAGGACUUUGUAACACGUGCCUAUGCAGCCGGACAUGCGCGCCGACACAUGGGCAUUAGGCCAUAUGUUUGUGUUCCAUGUAAAAUGUAUUAUUGUACAAAGCAAGAUUUAAAAGUGCACGAACAGCGACGCCAUUUAGCUAAGGAACACAUUUGCGAGCACUGUGGCAGAACGUUCGCUCAAAAUACUUCACUCAAACAUCAUCGACUUUUAGUGCAUGAACAGCAAAGGAAUUACGAGUGUGAACAUUGUGGUAAACGGUUUCUACGCAAAUAUGCCAAAAAUGAACAUGUACGCAAUGUACAUUUUGGCGAUCGCCGUUUGUUAGAUUGUCCUUUCUGCGAUAUGCAUUUCAAAGAUACACAUAAACUGGCCCAACAUCGGAAGCAAAUGCAUCUAAAUCAGAGUACAUUUGAAUGUCGCGCUUGCGGCUUGGAGUUCAGCCAUAUCGACUUUUUUGAUGCUCAUCGACGCUCUUUACAAUGCCGUAAGAAACUGAAACGUCAAUCUGAGCCCGAGCAGGAGACCGAAUACAACUGCGAAAGCUUUUUUCAAAUGAAAGGAGAACACGACGACGAUAUGCUGCGGCAACGGCAACAACAUUUACAAUCAAGCAUCUCACAGCAAUUUGAGCAAGAAGUAGUUGUCGAAGAAGUUACGCAUGAUAUGCAUGCAGAAAUCAUGGAAGAUGACGAAGAUAAUCAAAACGACAUUGAAGUAGAUGAACAUGAAAAGGUGGAAGCCGAACAGCAAUUGUUGUAUGAAAUCGCUGCCAUGGAUCAUGACGAUUGAGUUGUAAUAGACUGCAUAAUAUAAACGAUUUACUUAGUUAGAAAAAUUUCUUGUGAAAAUGCCGAAAAGGAAGUCAAUCAUUGUAAGUUA